AUGUCUGUAAGUGCUAGUGCGGAGAAUCUAUCCACCGAUGCUCAGAGUUGCGAUGGAGGAUCAAUGUGUUUGGAAUUGGCGCUGGAAGGCGAGAGACUAUGCAAGGCAGGGGACUGCAGAGCUGGAGUGGCCUUCUUCCAGGCUGCCAUACAAGCUGGGACAGACGAUCUACGGACACUAAGUGCUAUAUACAGUCAACUCGGCAAUGCCUAUUUCUAUUUAGGAGACUAUAAUAAAGCAAUGCAGUAUCAUAAACAUGAUCUUACGUUAGCUAGGACAAUGAAUGAUAAGCUAGGCGAAGCGAAAGCAUCUGGGAAUCUCGGUAAUACAUUAAAGGUGAUGGGCAAAUUUUCGGAGGCGAUACAGUGUUGCAAACGCCACUUAGAAAUCUCGCGAUCGCUUGGAGAUAAACUGAGUGAAGGCAGAGCUCUUUAUAAUCUGGGGAAUGUUUAUCAUGCGCAAGGGAAGCAGCUGGGCAGAUCGGGACAGAGCGAUCCGGGACAGUUCCCCCAGGAAGUCAGAGAGUGUCUGCUACAAGCUGUGACUUACUACGAAGAGAAUCUCGAGCUAAUGCGAAGUGUUGGUGAUCGUCAAGCGAUGGGUAGAGCGUGCGGCAAUCUUGGCAACACUUGCUACCUCCUGGGCGACUUCACGAAGGCCAUCCGAUACCACAAAGAGAGGUUAAGGAUCGCUCAGGAGGUCGGUGAUAAGGCGGCUGAGAGGCGAGCGAACAGCAACCUUGGGAAUUCGCACAUCUUUCUCGGACAGUUUGAAAACGCUGCAGAACAUUACAAACGGACGCUCGCGUUGGCCGAAGAAUUAGGAGACGCCGCAGUGGAGGCCCAAGCGUGUUACUCCCUCGGUAAUACCUACACUCUUCUACGAGAAUACCGUAUAGCUGAGGAGUACCACGCCCGUCACUUGACAGCUGCAAGGAAGCUGCAAGACCGCGUGGGAGAAGGCCGUGCUUGCUGGUCGCUAGGCAACGCACACGCCGCCCUCGGCAACCACGAAAAAGCACUGUACUACGCUAAAGAACACUACAAUAUUUCAAAAGAGCUGGGAGACGUCUUAGGAAUGGCAACGGCGCAAAUGAACAUUGGUGACCUAUGCAAAGUCCUAGGGCUUCCUGUUGACGCGGCCGGAUCUCCGCCCUCGCCCCGCUCUACCUCACCGCCGCCAGCGCAGCGUACGCCUUUCAAUGCUCUGCGUGUAAGAAGGCAAAGCAUGGAACAACUUUCACUAAUACAGAUAACACCCGACGCUAAGAAGAAGGAGGAGGAGAAACGUGACGGAGAAUCCCGCGAGAUGGCGCGAGGCGAGUCUGAAGAGGGGGAACACCCCGCCGAAGUUUUUAUGGAACUCGUUGCAAAGUGUCAAUCACACAGAAUGGACGAACAGCGAGCCACCCUCGACAAAGAAAACAGACCACGGGAACUGCAACGAUCUUCGAGCGCCAACUCAAAUGCGAAAUCCGAAGCAAUGACCGACAUGCUGAACAUGAUAAGUAGCCUGCAAUCCGAGAGAAUGGAUUCGCAGCGGGCGGAGCUGCGACCAGUCCAGAAGAAGGAGAGCAAGGGCACAUCACUGCCAGGUCUACGUCCACAGCAGACACGGAGCACUAAACCUGAAGACGAUUUCCUCGAUAUGAUCGCUAGAGUACAGGGUUCACGCCUCGAAGACCAGCGUUCGGAGCUACCACGUCCAAAGCCCAAGGAGUCUACGGUACCAGAUGACGACUUUUUUGCACAAAUCAUGAAGGCGCAAUCCGGUCGUCUUGAUGAUCAGCGCGCCACGAUACCUCUUCAAGAUCGUCAGAACAAGGCCGCAUCCGGUUCCAAGAAGUAG